AAAUCUGUGUUUCCUUAGAAUGUUCGAAAGCAGUUCCUUUCAAAGCUGGUUGAGGCUGCUUGCCCCAGAUGGCAGGGUGACUGCAGAUGAUCAUUUAUCAUCCCAAGCUAAACUGUUUUUUGUAAAGUUAGAAAAACUAGUCGGGUUCGUUCUGGUGCAUAUUAAGAUCUGCGAAUAGGGAGCGUUGCGCUGGCCACUAUAGAUUUUCUUCAGGCCAAGUAUCGACGAAUCGCGUGCAACACCGGUGUGUCUACGUGCCCCAAAAUUGCAUUUUUUUCGCUAGUAUACCGACAGAGGGACCUUUUGCACCUGCUUGUUCUUGCGCAGGUAAUAGAAAAGCUUCAAAGUUGUAUUUACGAGUACCGUGUUUUGUUGCCAUAAAAUAACGCGAAAGCGUUGUUAUUGGAGAAAACCGGGCGAUUUGGCCCCAAAAAAAUAGUGCCAUGGCGGCCACCAGCGUCGUAGUUCUCGAUAGGGGCAACAACACUACCUGCACGAUCAAUCUACAUGGGGCCACUGUGGUUUCGUGGAGAGUCAACAAUCAAGAACAAUUAUUUGUUAGUAAACUAGCGGUGUUUGACGGCAAGAAAGCUAUAAGGGGCGGUAUUCCUUUCGUGUUUCCUCAAUUCGGUCCUUGGUCAUUUGGUCCGCAACAUGGAUUUGCAAGACUCAUUCGAUGGAACUUGGAAAAGGCUCCUGAGAGACUGGCCAGUGGCGACGUGGAAGCGAUUUUCUCUCUGAUGGAUUCGGACUUUUCCAGAUCCAUAUGGAAUUACCAAUUUCGCCUUACUUAUAGACUGAUUCUCCGAGAAAAGGAACUGCAUUUUAACAUUGCAGUUUUUAAUCCGAGUAAAAACUUGACGUUCAGUUUCAAUAUGCUGUUACAUACGUAUUUCAAAGUUCCUGACGUGCGUAGAUGUCAAAUAACUGGCUUGCAAGGUUGUACAUUUGUGGAUAAGACCAGGGAAGGUGCAGUAUAUCAAGAAGCGAGAGAUGUGGUCACGAUCAACGAAUGGACCGAUAGAAUUUAUCAAAAUACGUCCCAAGAGCAUAUUAUAACAAAUGUGGUCUCUGGAAGGAAGAUGCGUAUUCAGAAGUAUAAUUUUGCCGAUACGGUAAUUUGGAAUCCAUGGCUGGAUCAUGCGAAGGACAUGACUGAUUUUGGUGAUGAUGAGUACCCCAAUAUGGUUUGCGUUGAGGCUGGGCAUGUAUCUAGUCCUGUUAUUCUAUUACCAGGUACUGCUUUUGAAGCGAGUCAAAUUUUGCAAGUUAUGUAAAGCUGCAACGUUCAUCUGCGGUCCUACAGUGUGUUUGUUUUUAUCUGGUUCACGAUUUAAUUUUACAUUUUAAACUUAUUGCAUAGGAAAUUCAUUUUAGUUCUGUUGAAUGUUUGAUUGCAAUUAGAGCUGUAAGUCUCUAAUCUUGAUCAACAUUUCUGCAGAACUAAAAUUAAUGUUUUAUCCAUUUUAUAGCUUUUAAAUAUCCAUAAACUAUAUCUCUUAUUUAUCUCUAUUAAUUCAAAACAGAUCAAGUUGUUGAAAACUGCAAAUUCUUGAUUAGCUCAUAGGCGUUUUAAUAGUAUAAUAAAAGUACGCGGCGUGUAUUGUCAAUUCUUAUUAAGCUAAUGAAUUAUAUAUCACACUGUAUAUCGUGGUUUUUAAGCAAUUGAAAAAUUCUUUAGAACGAGCGACUGAGCAUUUAAAGUAAUAAAAAAGUCGAAAUGAAAGCAAUAGAAUUAGAUGCGUAAGUUAUUGAAAUAUAAUACUUAAGGGACGUUCUGUGACUGUUCAGUGGUAUGCGAUAAAAUAUCACAGCUCAACAUUCCGAAAGUUAGCCUUACUCUUGUAUACGACUGGUAGAAUGUACAUUUUCGUGCAAUAAAAAUAAAUAGUGCGUCGUACGUUUUGAUAGUUAACAUAUUGUUAGACUUCAUUUAUAUUUAAAUAAAUUAUUAUAGUGUG